CAAACCUGCUUCUCCCUUCUCUCGCUGCUUGCUCCAGCACGAUCAUGGCCGCCGUGGCGGAUGCGUUCGCGUCCAAGCUAAUAGGGAUCCUAAAGCGUAUGCCAAAGAAAGAAGUGGAGACACUCCUGCGCGCUCCCGGUGAGAUCACCAAGCUGGAGACAGCCCUCCGUGACCUCUCUCCCAUCCUGGCGGACGCCGAGCGGAGGCGCUUCCGCGAUUCGUCUGAGGAGCGGUGGAUGAGGGAGGUCAAGGAUGCCAUGUACGACGCCGACGACAUCCUUGACAUCUGCCAGAUCCUGGAGAGUGGAGAAGACCCCAUGUUGGCUGAAAGAUCUGCUCCAUGGCGUAGGAACAUCCUAUUGUCAUCCUGCUUCAGCAACCAAGUCGUUCCACACCAGAUCGGGAUUGAAAUCAAGGCGCUCAACAGGAGGCUAGAAGAUGUUAUGAGGCGGAGCUAUAAAUUUCAAUUCACUCUUCAAGCAAUUGGCUCCACGAGGUAUUCCAGCUACUCUGAAACUGGACCGGUUUUUCUCGAACAGGAUAUUGUUGGAUUGAAGAUCCAGGAAGACAGAAGGAAGCUUUGUGAUCUGUUGGUCAACAGUAUGGAUGCUCCCACAAGAUCAGUCAUCGACAAUGUUGUCGUUGUUGCUAUAACUGGCGCAGCUGGGAUAGGAAAAACCACCCUUGCUAGGAUGGUUUUCAACGACCCAAUGGUAGUUGCAAACUUUGACGUGAAGAUCUGGUUGAGCGUAACUCAGGAGGUCAACGGGAUUCGCCUUCUACGAGAAAGUAUAGCUUAUGUCGACGGAAACGCAGAUGGCGUCGCAGACAGCAUGCACAUGCUCCAGGAACGUUUGAAUCGGGCACUGAUGGGACGAAAGAGAUUUUUACUGGUGAUGGAUGAUGUGUGGAGCGACAAGGUAUGGAAUGAUAUACUUGGACCACCACUUAAUGGCGGCCGUCCUGGAAGCAGAGUGUUGGUAACCACAAGGAACGAUGAAGCUGCUCGUGGGAUGCGAGCACAACACCUUCACCGAGUUACCACGCUGGAUCCGGAUGACAGUUGGUUAUUACUGAAGAAGCAGGUAUCUCUAGCCGAAGAUGAGAGAGAUAUUGAUGAUUUAAAAUAUACUGGGAUGAUGAUUGUUGAAAAAUGCAAUGGUUUACCGCUUGCAAUUAAAGUGAUUGGAGGACUUUUAAGGAGAAAAGCUCGGACACGAGAAUCAUGGUUUGGUGUUUUGAACCAUUAUUUAGGGUCGUCAGGCGCACAAUUUGGUGAAGUAUUUCACUCAUUAUACUUGAGCUACCAGGACUUGAGUCCGCAACUGAAGCAGUGCUUCCUAUACUGCUCACUUUUACCUAAAGGAGUAAACUUCGACAGUCCUAAUGUUAUUAACAUGUGGAUCAGUGAAGGAUUUAUUCACCAGGCAGAUCGACGUGCAGACGAACUAGAAUAUAUAGGAACAGAGUACCACCAGGACUUAAUCAUGAGGCACCUAAUAGAACCAGGUGCGUCAUCUAGCAUGCAUGAUAGUGUCCGCUCAUUUGCUCAGCAUAUGGCUAGAGAAGAAGCGUUAGUGGUCCAUAGGGAGCUGCAAACUGAGGUCAGUAGUCCCCUUUUAUCAAAAUUGCGGCGUCUGUCUAUAGAAUCAGCUGAAUCAGUGGCAGUAGAAUGGGCUGAUUAUUUACAGAAGCUGGUGGCACUAAGAGUAUUGAUCAUAAACCGCACAAUUAACUUCAAGCCUGGUGAUUCAUGGAGUAGUUUUUCCAGUCUACGGGUGCUGCAUGUAGUGAGGCUUGCAGAGUCCGAUAGGUUGGUAAGGUCAAUUUGUCAGCUGAAGCAUCUGCGGUACCUGUACUUGUAUGACUCGGAUAUAUCUAGUCUACCAGAUGACAUACAUCGAAUGAAGUUCCUACAGCACAUUGGGAUUGUCAACUGUGGGAGGUUUGUCGAGCUUCCUGUCAACAUUAUAAAGCUAACGCAACUAAGAUCCCUUGACUUGGUUGGAUCAAGUGUUGGUGUCGUACCCAGGGGAUUCGGCAGGUUAACAAAUUUGAGGUCACUUUUUGGGUUUCCAGUACACAGAGACGGCGAGGGCCAGGGCUGGUGCAGUUUGGAAGAGCUAGCGCCUCUAAGAAAACUAAGGAGCCUGAGGCUAGAAGGCAUAGAAAAGGUUGGUGUUAGCUAUUUGGCUGAAGAGGCCAUGAUUAGCAGCAUGGAGCACCUUAUCUCUUUGCACUUGAACUGCAGCACAUCAAUAUCUGCAAAUGUGACCAACUCGGAGCGGCAGCUAAUCCAGGAGGUAUACGAGCACUUGUUCCCUCCACGCUGCGUAGAGAAUCUAGUGAUGGAGACAUACAUUGGGCGUUGGCUACCGAAUUGGAUGUGGGGGGCAGAAGCGGCAGCCUUCGGUAGCUUGAGGUAUAUGGUGCUGCGCAAUCUGGCUAGCUGCGUCAAGCUCCCUGAUGGCUUGUGUCAGAUACCCUGUUUAGAGCGCCUAGAAAUCAACAAAGCACCACUCGUCAAGCAUGUUGGGCAUGAAUUCCUGCGUCACGGUGAUCUGCAGUGUGCAUUUCCCAGACUGCAGGAGCUGGUAUUGCAUGGAAUGGUGCAAUGGCGCGGUUGGGUGUGGGAUCCGUUGAAUGAUGUGCAAGUCAUGCCGGCAUUGGAGGUGCUUCUUGUUGAGCGCUGCAGGCUGAGGAGCUUUCCUCCUGGACUUUCCUGCCAUGCAACGGCUUUGAGACAUUUAGUCAUUGCCCAUGCUCGGCGGCUGGAAUCUCUCGAGGCGUUUUCGUCUCUUGUUGAACUCGAUAUUUGUUUGAGCCCAAGGCUGAGUAAGAUAGCUAAUCUGCCUAGAUUGCAAAAGCUUACCAUCAAGAUCUGCCCAAAACUGAGAGUGUUAGAGGGUGUGCCAGCACUCAGGAGCCUUGUGCUGGAGGACUACACGAUGGAAACUCUGCCUGGAUACUUGCAGCUGCAAGAUGAUGUAUGUCCAGUGUACCUAACACUGGAUUGUACCAUAAAGCUACUCAAAUCCAUCUCCAUGGGAAAGGGUGGCCCCGAGUGGCCCAAAUUCAGUCAUAUCCAGCAUGUAAAUGCCUAUGCAGAAGAUGGAGGACAUCAAAGGAAAUGGUCCGUUCUGUACACAAGAGAACCUUUCAGCUUCGGGGCAUAUAUGCCGGACUCGGACUCGGACUCGGACUCGGAAGGUGCGUACAUACAGAACCUCGCUGACGACAAGCUUGUUCGCAGUGACAUCCGGAGCGAUGGGUCGACAGACAGCCAGACUGAUGACGAGCUUGAUGACAACGAUGAUAUCCCGACUGCUGGGUCGACAGGAGUGGAUUUAUUCAAUGAUGAUAGUGAGCUUGUUGGAAUUGAGAGCCCACGUGAGCAAAUAAUCAAAAUGCUGAUGGAAGGCCGACACACGGACAAGCAACAACUACAAGUGGUGUCCAUCUAUGGAAUUGGAGGUUUAGGCAAGACGACCAUCGCCAGAUCAGUCUACAGACAGAUCUCAAAUCAAUUUGAAUGCUGUGCUCAGGUUUCGGUGUCGGAAAGACCUGAUAUUGUGGGGAUCAUGAAAAGUAUAAUUGAUCAAGUUCGUUGCCCUUAUUCCAGCAUGGAAGAGUUUUCCAAUAUGCAAGAUAAUCUCCAAGUAAUAAUCAAUGUACUCAAAGAAUUCCUCGAAGAUAAAAGGUACUUGAUCUUUAUUGACGACAUAUGGGAAGUAUCAGUAUGGGAAACGAUCAAGCCUACAUUUAUUGGUAAUAACCAUGGGAGUGGAAUAAUUGCCACAACUUACAAACUUGAUGUUGCUGAAUCCAUUGGUGGAGUUUAUUCACUGCCGCUUCUUUCUGAUGAGGACUCCAAAUUAUUAUUCUACAGAAGAACAUGUUUUAGAAGUGAAGCUGGUUGUCCUUCUUCAUAUAGAGACGUAUCCAAGAGACUAUUAAACAAGUGCAGCCGGUUGCCAUUAGCCAUCAUUACUAUAACUAGAUUGUUGCCUGCUUCUCUAAAUUCAGAAGAGGAAUGGAAAAAGGUGUGCAACUCUAUUGAUUCUGGGUUUGAACUUGGUGAUCGUGUAAGCGAUAUGAGAAGAAUUCUGUCACGCAGUUAUCAUGAUCUGCCUCAACAUCUAAGGACAUGCUUCUUGUAUCUAAGUAUUUUCCCAGAGAAUUAUGAUAUUAGGAGAGAUAGUUUGGUACAGAGAUGGCUAUCUGAAGAUUUAAUCCGUGGUGACCAUGGACAGAACUUACAUGAGCUGGGAGAGAGUUAUUUCUAUCAGCUUCUCGAUACUGGCAUGAUCCAGCCAAUAGAAUUUGACAAUGAUGGCAAUGCUCUAGCUUGCCGGGUACCUCUGGUGAUGAUUGACCUCAUUGCCUAUUUAUUAAUCAAAGAAAAGCAUAACACUACAUCAGCUAGCCAACGACGGACUGAUCCGCCGAACAAGGUUGAACGGUUAUCUCUUCAAGUCAGCAAGAAAGAAAAACAUGCUGUAGUAGCAGAAGCAUCCAAGUCUUUCCGGGAGGGUUCACUUUCUAUAUCUUGUAGUUCUGAUUCGGUGGGCACCUGUCCGAUCAUUAAGAAUCUGCGUGUGCUGGUAUUAGAAGGUUCGUUGGAGGAUCGACAUGUUGCUAAAUACCUUGGGAGGAGUUCGCGCCAGUUGAGAUAUCUGAUCCUUGCAAGCACACAGAUUACUGUGAUCCCCAAAAAGGUUGGAAACCUACAGUUUCUGCAGACGCUCGACUUGAGGGCAACUCGUGUAAUUGAAUUGCCUCGUACGUUUGUUAGACUAAAACAACUGCACUGUCUCCUUAUUAACAGAUCAACAAAAGUGCCAGCUGGGAUUAGUAAUCUACAAGCCCUAAAAGAGCUGCAGGACAUCGACAUCAGUAAGUCUCCAGAUAUUCUGGAAGGCAUAUGUACUCUGUCAAAACUGAGGGUUCUCAAAGUUGCCUUGUGGUCAUGGGAUGACAGUUCCAGUAAACUUCUGCCCGAGACUCUCUGCAAACUGAGCACAAGUGAGCUCGAGCAUCUAUCCAUCUCCACCUGCUGUUCGCUAGAGUUCAAGCCAAAUGAUGAUGUACAGAAAGUCUUUCAGCACAUUACAAAGCUUGAGGUACAGCACAGCACGUUUAACACAUUACCAACUUGGAUUGACAAACUGAAAAAACUCAGCUCUCUGUCCAUUGAGGUCUACUUGUUGGAAGAGGAUGCUCUUCGAAUUCUUGGGGGUUUACCUGCUCUCCUUUUCCUAUCCCUUACCGCAAAGAAGACCCCAGAAGCAAGGCCUACUGCAAAGAGGACCCCAGAUGGAAGGGUUGUUACUGAAGAUAAGUUGGUUGUCCACAGCAAUGGAUUCGGUUGUCUGAAAACUUUCCACCUGUUCAGUCGUGCCAUGGUGAUCAAGUUCGAAAAAGGAUCUAUGAAAAGCCUUGAAAGGCUUAAGCUAUCCUUUCAGGCGUCACUUGCAACGGAAGAUUUCAGUUUCGGCCUGGGGAAUCUCUCUUCACUCAAGCACAUCCAAGUUGAAAUUAUCUGCUUCAGCGCCACGGAGAAGGCGGUGAAGAAAGCGGAGGAUGCCAUUAGGGACAUGAUUUGGGGGAGUUCCGGCCAACCUAGGCCUGCACUGGACAUAAGAAGAAGUGCGGAAGAGUACAAGAUAGAGGACAAAAAAGAAUUUAGAGAAGAGGUUAGGGUGUUAUCUCUUGCCUCUAGGGAUGGCCGAACAGCUUCUGUUCAAAAACAGAAUCAAAAACAAAAGAUUGACUGAGCAGAAGAUAUACAGCUGCAGGUACUUUUGGUUUCAGGCUGAGCAUCCUCCGUGUGAUGCUUGUACUUUGGCCGCUUUACUGUUGGAGAAUACUUCUACUGCUGGUCACUUGGAAGUGUGUCAUUCUGGACGUGUAGGCAAGGCACGUGUAACUCAUCUAUCUACUCGCUUGAUUCUGUUUCCUCCUUAUGGGUGCAAGUGCAAUGCAAACUCCUCAUUAAACCUUACUACCCUAGGUGUCAUACACACAUUUAUACUAGUGAAUGCGCGGGGCUAUAGAUGUUGUCACCGAGAUUUUUCUUACGGAUGAUUUUUCUUCUGUCUGAUCCGGAUCUGAGAUUUUGCCACUGUCCUUGGAUACCUUUUCUCAUUGUAAAAUGCUUUUCGUGUAUGUUCCGUGCUUUUGAUCUAAAACAAGUUUUGACAAA